AUGAUAUGCGUCACACAGAGAGUCAAGUUUCCUGCUCCCCUCACAGUGGCUCAGUAUGUGCUGCAUGAGGGGAGGCAGAAAGUAUUCGUCGGUGGCAUUUCAUGGAAAACGACAACGGAUUCUCUGCAGUCAGCGUUCUCAAAACUGGGUCCAAUACGGAAGGUCGAUGUUUAUCCCACAAGAGGUUUCGCCAUAGUGGAGUUUGAACGGCCCGAGACGGCUGAAUUGGUCGUCUCUGCUCAUUGGCACACUGUCGACGAUAAACGGGUAGAAAUACGGCCCUAUAUACCCAGGAAGAAUGCAAAGAAGUCAUCAGACAAACCAAAAACUCUAGGCCUUACGGGUGAUCAGCCCUUGGAGGACAUCUCCUACCGCAAACUCUACGACUCUACAUCGCAUAUUCUCAGCAGUCAAAGACUAGGCCACAUACCUGCACCACGUGAAAAGCCUGAAACUGCUGGCUCUGGUGUUACUUACACCAAUGCUGUUAGCGCAAUCACCAACGCAAGGAAGUUAAUGAUGCGGGGAAUCGGUGAAGGUACAACUCACGCAGCCCUGAGAGACUACUUCAUUAACUAUGGAGCAGUUGACCACGCCAGUAUCACUGGGACAGAAGCCUGGGUGGUGUUUAAGAAUGCCAACACUGUGAAUUUAGUUUUGGCUACUCAGCCCCACUUCAUUAGAGGUAGGCAACUCUUCCUGAGUAAACCGGAUGAGGAGGCAACUUCUUUAGUUGGAAAAGAGGCGACUUUUACUGGCGCCAAAACUGGUCAUCAGCUGGUCGUUGAUGGCCUUCCGCCCCUACCGAGAGAGAAUGACAUUCGCAGCCUCUUUGGCCGAUUCGGUACAAUCACCGAAGUGAGGGUGGAUGAAAAUGUGCACAGAGCUUUUGUGGAUUUCUCCACUGCAGAGGCGCUGCAAGGGGCAUUGGCAGCUACUCCUCCCCGCCUCAAGGGUAUGAAUCUUCGCGUCUCCUUACCGGAGGAUCAUGAAUACAAGUGCGGAAGCCAGCGAAUGGAUGUCUGCUACAGUGAGCGACUGAUGAAAACCAUCGCUACCAAGAACGAGCGACCGACCCGCUUAUGCCGUUGA